AUGUGUGCGUGUACUCUCGGCGGGGUUCGCACGGCGUUUCUAUCAGCAGAGAGAGCAGCAGUCCCAUAGUCGCCGCCGUGAACGGGCUAAACACGGGUCGACUAGGCGCGCGCUGCACCUCUACAUCCUAGAGGACACAUCGCAGCUCCGUAUAGUAGAAAUCUUACUCAGCGUCGAGUGCUAGAUACGUACCUAUAUAAUACGCAAGCUAGGAAGAGAGAGAGAGAGAAAAAACACACGAGUGUUAUAAUCCGUAUACUGCUGCGGCCACAUGUUCGCGCGAAAGGGACAACACGACGCAUCCGUAUAGUAUAGCUGCCUAUAUAUCGCAUACUUGCGUACCCGAUCGAGCAAUUGGCUGCAGUCUACAUACGCGAUCCUCGAAAUCGUGCAGGACGAGCAAGUGACCACGACUCCUCUACUGUUCCUUGGCUGUCGUCGCGAGAGAGAGAGAGAGAGAGAGAGAGAGAGAGGCAUUCCGUUAACUGCACUAACUCGACAAACAAACAUAAAAACAAGAGGAGUAGACGCCUCUGAUACAGAUAUUGCGUUUGGCGAGUCUUUAUACAAGUCGUCAAAAUUCCGGUCCCCACAAGGAAACCAGAAGGCCCCCAACAAACCGGCGGGAGAAAUCCACCGACUUCUGGUGACGAAAACUCUUGUGACAGCAGGAUGAACAAACGAAACAAACGUUCAAACCCCACAAGUGUUCCUUUCAGAUCCCCGCGGGCACGGGGUCCACAGGAACGAUCCGUUCUUGCAGAUGGAGUCUACAACAAUGCUCACUUCAUGCAUGCGAUCACAAGUCACGUAGGAAACAUUGUACAGAUACAAACUCAAAAUGGUUCAAUAUACGAGGGUGUAUUCAGAACUUUCUCUAGUCAAUUUGAAGUGGUUUUGGAAAUGGCCCAUCGCGUCGAAAGUUCUGGCAAAAUGAGUGUAGACAGCGUCGUAGAGAAAUUGAUAUUUAAGCCGCAAGAUAUUAUUACACUGUCUGCGAGAGACGUCGACCUGGACUACGCGACCAGAGAUACAUUCCAGACCGAUACAGCUAUUAGUAAAUUUAAUGGAAUAAUUAAAGGCAAAAAAGAGCUUCAGCCGUGGGAUGAAACUGGCACGAGCAAUGGGGCUAACUUGGAGUUGGAUCGUACUGCUAAUGGCUGGGAUGUGGACGAUAUGUUCCGCACGAAUGAGCAAACCUUUGGUAUUCAGAGUACAUUUGAACCAAAUUUGAGUCAAUACACAGUUACACUUCAGCCAAAGGAUACAAAGGACUACAAAGAACAGGAAAAGAAAGCAGCUGAGAUCGCUUGUGAAAUAGAAUCUCAACCUGAUCACAGAGCUCGACUUGAACUAGAGAAUGGAGAUGAAGAAGAGAGAUUUGCUGCUGUAGCUCGCAACACUGAUUCCAAUUAUUCACGAUCUAACAACAACGAGGGUAAAUACGUACCACCCGCAAAGAGGAAAAAUGGCAAUACCGGCAAGUUGAUGCGCACGACACCUCCACCGCAGUCCCCAGGUCCAGCCACGAAUAAAACUGCAUUCAACCCAGCCCCGCCACCGGCUAAUGCAACUGUAAACGUUCCUCCGACUAGUAACAUUCCAGUGAGCAUGCCGUCGCACCCGCCUGUUGUACCGCAUCCUGUACCAUUGAACAUGGGCGGUAUCCCAAGUGGCAUGCCCAGCGGAGUUGUCGUCACGUACAAUCCACCACCCUUCGUACCCCCGCCGACCUCUCAGCCACCUCCGUCUAACGUUCCAGUUCCUGUAAUGGCGCAAGGACAGCCACCGUCGCAGGUUACCACAACGAUUCCACAGGUGCCCUUCUCUGGUCAGCAGCAGCCACCAAUGAAUAAGAUGAGUUUGGAUAAGCGUGAACGCCCGAACAGGCAGCAGGUCUAUCAAGGUGAUAAGGCGCCACCCGCGCCAUUCCCUGGUGCGCACGUAGUGCCUCAGCAUCCGCAACAGCAACCACAAUCCCAGCCACCGUUACACGUUCCUACACAGCAGCAACAACAGAAUUCAAUGGAUGGACCGCCACCGCAGAUGCUGCCUCCUAAGGAGCAACGAGAGCACAGGAAGGUGCCACCUUCAAGGAACCGAGAGGAGGUUGAUCCUCGGCCUGAACUCAGACAGUUUGCUUCUGACUUUAAAUUGCAAACUAAUCAAGAAGCACCGCAACAACAACCUCUUGGGAGGAACUCGCAUCCCCAGGAAGCACACUUGCCUCAGGCUCCACCUAUGGGUCCGCCACAUCAUCAACACUCUCACAAUUCACCUCCACAAGCUACCCAACAACCUCCGCAGCAGCAGCAGCAGCAACAACAACAAUCUCAUCAACCUCCUAUACAAGAAGAGUUGGUAGUCACAAACAAACCCCCACCUGGUCCAUCACCGGUCCAGUCAACCAGUCCACCUCAGCAACAGCAGCAACAACAACAGCAACAACAAUCGCCACCUCAACAGCAACAGUCCCCACCACAACCUCCUGCUUCACAGCCCCAAUCAUCACAACCACAGACUCCCCAACCAACUCCUCCUGUACAGCAGGAUCCUGCUCUUGACAAAAUCACUAACUCUUUCAAGAAAUCUACUCUCAAUCCUAAUGCUAAGGAGUUCAAUCCAAACGCUAAACCAUUCACACCCCGAUCUCCCAGUACGCCUACUCCGAGUAGACCACACACGCCCCAAACUCCGCAAUACGCAGCAGCUACAAUGUCAUCUGCGGUUGUUAUGCCUAUCAUAAUGCAAAAUCAACCGCCUACUGCGUUCACGCAGCCACCUGCUCAACAAGUGACGAGGUUCCGGAAGGGACAGUAUAUAGUUUUGCGAGACUCGGAAAUACACUACGGUUUGUCGCUUUCAGUGCCGAUGAUGCAACACCGCGGCCCAGAUGUAGCGUCGCAGAUGCAGGUAGCCGCUGCGACAGGCCAGCCGCUAUUGGCUCCUGCGCCGCUGCACCCACCGUUUCAGCUGCCUUACUCGGGCCAACCGACUUACGGUGCCCAAAUGGUGAGGAUGGUGCAUGCUCCACCACCACCACCACACAUGACUGCCAACCCUUACCAUCAUCAUCAUGAAUCGCCAGGACCACAGGCUCCAGGCAUUCAAUACAUGAAUCCACAUGCGCAUCCGCAUGCCCAUGUUGGCCAGCAGCAGCCGAGUCAAACUCCCUCUCCGGCCAAUCCCAAUCCGCCCCACACGCCCGGCGCUUACAACCCACCAGGUACACCUCAGCCGUCGUACCCGCAGCCACCACCUCAGGGUCAUGCGCCUACGGGUUACCCCAUAAUGUGCCCCAUUAUGCCACCGCAUAUACCUAUGGCUCCCCAACAUCCACACAUGCAGUACAUACCACCCCAGCCACCACCCGGCCAGCAGACUAUACCCGUUAUCCUGCCGCACAACCAGUAGUCCCGCGCCUUCCCGGGCAGACAGCAGCAGCAUCAGCACCUGCGAGACAGCCGACGACAAGGUUAUCCUUAAAUAUUCACAUGCAAGACGAGCAAAAAGUUCACUGCGAUACAGUUACGCGGAUCUGCUAGUGCCGGGGAGUGCGAGCUAAACAACAUAAAACUAUUAAAAAAAACAGAAAUACUAGAACUACAACUACAGAAGUUACAAUGAAAAUUGCAAAGUCACUUUCAUCGGCAUUGGACAACGCUUGUGAAAAUGGCAAUUCUCUUAUCAUUUUCAUACCUAUGUCUCCUUUCGAAAUUGCUUCUCAGCUAGCGCGAUAUGCUAAUUAGUAUUUUCUUCUGUUUCUUUUUUUUGCCCUUUUUAAUCUCUUCUUUUAGCCUCUUCAUCAUUACUUCUUGCAUUUGUCAAUAUCGCUGCGCAAGUGCAAUAAUGAAUAAGUUUCACUUUUCUUCUUUAACGUAUGAUGUAAGGGACUCUUUGUACAAUUCCUUAUACAAAUUUCGAAUUCGUUCAUGUUUUUUUUCUUCUUUUUUAUAUAUAAAAAAAAAUAGAAAAUACACGUAAAAGAGUAUCGAUGACUCUUGAAAGUGACUGAUACUGCGACUAUGAAAUGUAAUUACUAUGACAUUUGAUUGUGGCUCCGCAGCUUAUACAUAUAAUUUGUAGCUGCAUCGGAUCGGAGCUUGAAAAGGAGAGAAAGCAGGUUUUCUCAUUCUGUAAAAUCGAGCUGGUGUAUAUUCUAUGCUCGAUUCACGCAACGCUACUCUGCGAAUAUAUGGAAAAAUAAGCAGAGUUGCUAAAAAAGAUGAGAAGUUCGUUGAAUAAUACGUACAUUUCACAAAAGCCCUGAACUCCAUUUAUGGAGAACUGCUUAUACCAAAGUUAGAAAAAGGGCAAGUCGUUCAGUAAACUGACGUCGCAUUGAUGCGGCGACGUUUUGUCAUCACUGAGAUGCGAUAUAAUUAAAAAGUCUUGGAUCAAAAAAAUUCUAAAUGCCUUUUUAGAAAAAGUUCAAAGAUGAUCAAAAUUCCAAAUUUUUUGUUAAACACGCUGCCAUUAUGUGCAAGGCACAUGAGUGGCAAUUUUGCUUUUUUCGGUAAUGAGAUGGGCGAAUUUUUAAACAAAAUUUGUUUUAACGUGAACGACAUUCGAUAAAAAAAGAGAACCGUAGAAAGGCUCUUUUUUGUUUUGGAGAAAGAGUUGGGAAUAGUUGAGAAACGUAUGCGCAUCGAAAUAACUUGAUUAUCGAGACGUUGAUGUUAAUGAGUGGAGCAGUAGAAUGUGGCGAAAGACUUCAUCCGCUCUAUGUUUGUUGAUAUUGAGUUUUGUUAUUAAAAAAAGGGGGGGAAGAUAUUCGUGACGAAGAACUUCGAUGCCGGCAUUUUCUAUCGAAUGCUAAAAUUCGAAACACAAUUGAAAGAUAUCGCUAUGUCGUGUUGAAUGAAAGAUAACGCCAACGAGAUACAGAGCUUUUUUGCAGCUUGUAUCGAAGCUAUUGUUCAUUUAUUAUUCUAUGGUAUACGUCAAUCCGAUGCUUUUAUACCGCGGCGCGAAAAUACGCUAAAAUCAAACUUGCAGUUUUUCUAAAUUUUAGGCUUUGAAUUCGAAAUUUUUAUAAUACGAUUUCCACAGUACAUUGUUUCCAACGUGUUGCAAGGUGAUGAAAACUUUAUUUAUUUUUCACUGAGCAAGUUUGUUUAUGCAGGCCAUGAUAUUUGGACAUGAUUGAAAACGGCAUUUAACAUUUGAAUAAAUCUGUAUUACUUUACAACAAUGGAUCUUGCAAGUUUUGAUGCAAGUAAAAAAUCGUUUUUUAAACAAUAGAAGAACAAGAUCUCUAAACUUGUAUCUGUUUAUGCAACCGAACAAUCAUGGUUGAAGUGUGCGAUAUCGGUUAAAAGAAUGGGAUAAUAUUUUACGGCCUUAGACCUAGUCGUGUACAUAGAAUGAGUGAGAGAAUCAAGAACAGACAGAAUAUCACACAGUGUGGCAUCGUUGAACACAAAUUUUAUAUCGAAGAGAUUUAAAAAAACCAUCAAAUAAAUUCAGUAAAAACGAAAA